UGUGUGAUUCGAUUGUUAGUUUUGUCUUGGGUUCAUUUAUUGAUCGAUACGGCACUAACGUCGCUUGAAAUGGCCGACGUCUAGGGGGAGUGUCUACUGUUUUCCGGAAAUUGGAUUUCUUCGUAAUUUUUACUCAAUAAGCUCUUACCGCCUCUACCGAGGCCAAGAACAUUCCAAACAAAAGACUGACUUUACAAAAAGUGGAUUAAAAUGGCGUGGCGUUUUAAAGCCUCUAAGUAUAAAAAUGCAGCACCUAUUGUGCCUAAGCCCGAGGCAUGUAUUCGGGACAUCUGUGUGGGGUCAUAUCAGACCUUUGGGAACAAUAUUUGCGCUUCGGCGUCGUUCAUGGCGUUUAACUGGGAGCAUGUGGGGUCAAGUAUGGCAGUGCUGCCAUUGGAUGAUUGCGGGAGGAAGAGCAAGACAAUGCCACUGCUGCAUGCACACUCGGACACAAUCACUGAUAUGGAAUUCUCGCCGUUCCAUGAUGGUUUGCUGCUCACUGGAUCUCAGGACUCUUUAGUAAAAGUAUGGCACAUUCCUCCAGAGGGUUUGAAAGAGUCCCUCUCCAACCCGGAGUGUACGCUGUCGCAAAAGCAGCGGCGUGUGGAGAAUGUUGGCUUCCAUCCGGUGGCUGACGGGCUGAUCCAUGUGGCUUCGGGCCAUGAGUUGGCUCUAUGGGAUUUGACUAAGCAGAAGGAAGCUUUUGUAAACCGAGACCACGGCGACGUGAUCCAAUCCACAUCAUGGAAGAAGGACGGGCGUCUCAUGGCGACCUCGUGCAAAGACAGAAAGGUCCGCAUAGUGGACCCUAGAGCGGCCUCGGCCGUGUUGGACGCGGCCUCUAGCCACCAUGGCAUCAAGGACAGCAGGGUCGUUUGGCUGGACCAAGACCGAAUUUUGACCACUGGCUUCGACGCAGCCCGCCUCCGUCAGAUCAUGAUACGCGACGUUCGAAACCUCUCUCAAACUCAGAAAACACUGGAACUGGACUGUUCCACCGGGAUUCUGAUGCCUCUCUUCGAUCCUGACACUAACAUGCUCUUCCUCGCUGGGAAGGGAGACACCACCAUAUUGUACAUGGAGGUUACCGACAGAGACCCAUUCCUCAUUGAGGGAUUGAGGCAUUCUGGCGAGCAGACGAAAGGCGCUUGCCUCGUCCCGAAGCGGGCUCUCAGGGUCAUGGACGGCGAAGUCAACCGAGUGCUGCAGCUGACGGGCUCUAGUGUGGUGCCUAUCAUGUACCAGGUGCCAAGAAAGAGCUACCGCGAUUACCAUGCCGACCUGUACCCGGACACGGCAGGCUCCGUGACGUACCUCAGCGCGCCCAUGUGGCUCGACAACCAGGACCAUCCCGUCCCCAACAUCUCUCUGCAUCCGGAUGCUAACAAUUGCACACAGAUCCACCGCGGAAACCUAGAAGAACUAGUCAACUCCAUCCUCGCCAUGCCUCCGCCCAAAAAGGCAGAAGCCCAAAAAGCCACAACUCCAGUCAUCACCCAAGAAGACCCGAAGCCUAAACCCGCACCCGAACCGAAAGACGAAGACCGCAUCGACUUCGUUAACGUUAAAGACUUAAUCAAAGGCAUGGAAGUGAAAAAGGAAAAUGGCUUCCAUAAGAAAUUAGAUAACGGGGCCAACGGCCAUGACGAAGAUGAAGGAAAGAUUCUAGAAAAAACUGAAAGCACUGACUCGGAAACGUGUCUGUCUAGAAGCAAUAGCUAUGUCAAUGGGACUCCAGUCCAAGCUCCUAAGCCGUUGCCUAGGUCGUCUAUUUCGGAGCCGUCUGGCGAUGACAGUGAGGCGCCUAAGCCUAAGCCUAGGACUACGGCGGUACCUAUUUCGGGUUAUAAGCCUCGCCUCGGCCCGAAGCCGUUCUCAGCGUCCGGCAGCGAGGAAUUCUCAUUCGACAAGGUCUUCUCUGUGCCGGUUGUGCCCGGCGUGCCCAAAUCUGACUCGGCAACUUCGCCUUUGACUCAAGCGGCCUCCACGCCUGUGGGCAAAGACGGAGAAAAGGACAAAUCCCUGUCUCCUACCAGCGACGUUGAAAUUCCACCCAAAGAAGAGUACACGAACGGCAAGUCUGACACGAGCUUGGAAGAGGAGGUGAACUCUUCUGACUCGGGCUACAUCCCCAAGACUCCGAGCACUGCCGACAGGAGGAAACUGUUUGAGACUACUGACGGGAACCAGUCCAUAGCGGAGCGCCGGCGCGCGUACGAGUCGCGGUCGGUCAGCGUCGCCGUCGAGUCCGACACGCCGCCCUCGCCCGCGCCUCUCAGACGGCGAGACUCGUUGAAAUCUCGAAAGAGUCCAGAUCGCGAGGAAAAGGACAAACGCGCUUCCGUACCGAACGUGACCACCAAACGGACCUCUACUGUCUUUGGAAAAGUAUCAAAAUUCCGACAUCUGAAAGGAACGCCGGGACACAAGUCGACACACGUGGAAAACAUAAAAAAUAUCAGCCGACAGAUUUCUGGAGAGUGCAAUGGAUUUUAUGCUAAUGGCGUCCGCUGCGCCGUGCCGGUGUCGGGCGGCGGCGGCCGCGUGGCCAUCGUGGAGCUGCCGGUCGGCGCCUCCCCCGCCGCCGUGGCCCCGCCCACACACCCCUCCGGACUCCACCCCCCAGCUUUAUUACACCCCGCUGUGCUGCAGGACUGGGCCUGGGAUCCCUUCCGAGACGAUAGGCUGCUAGUGGCCUGUGACGAUGGCAUGAUUCGAGAGUGGAUCAUUCCGGAAGGAGGCCUCCAAGAGUCCUCGAACACGCCAAACCGCACGUUCUCCGCGCAUCCCGACAAGAUCUACAUAGUGCGCUUCCACCCGACCGCCUCCGACCUGCUCGCCACCGCAGCACACGACCUCACUAUUAAGAUAUGGGAUCUCAGCCUAGAUGCACCUGAAGCGGCUAUCACUUUGACUGGGCAUACGGAGCAGAUAUUUGCUUUAGAUUGGUCGCCUUGCGGGGAAUAUUUGGCUACAGUGUGCAAGGAUGGACUUGUUAGGAUCUUCAAGCCCCGAUCCUCGACGGAAGCCAUCCGCAGCGGCCCCGGCCCAGCGGGCAGUCGCGGUGCGAGGAUAGUAUGGGCUCUCAACGAGACUCAUCUAGUCGUCACUGGCUUCGACAAAGUAUCCGAACGGCAAAUCUAUCUAUACAAGGCGAGCGACCUGAGCGCUCCCGUGUGUACUGUGGGUCUAGAUGUGUCUCCGGCAAUAUUACAAACGCACAUCGAUUAUGAUUCCGGCACCAUCUUCCUCACGGGACGGGGCGACUCGACAAUCUACUGUUACGAGGUGACAAGUGAAGCUCCCUACUUGUGUGCGUUGUCGCAUCACCGCUCGCCGACGCUGCACCAGGGCAUCUCAUUCCUCAACAAGAAGUUGGUCGCUGUUGAAAAGGUGGAAUUCGCGAGGGCGCUAAGGCUGACCAACGGCAACAUCGAGCCUCUGUCCUUCACUGUGCCUAGGAUAAAGAGCGAGCUGUUCCAAGACGAUCUGUUCCCGCCGACACUAGUGACGUGGCAGCCGUGGCAGUCGGCGCGAGCCUGGCUCAACGACAACCACGUUACCCCGCGCACGGCCAGCCUGCAGCCGCCCGGCAUGCAGCCCUUGUCAGCGCAUUCCGUGCCCGCCGCCAAGGAGCCGGCGAGGCCCCCACAGAAGCCCAAACCCGACCUGAUCAAGUCGCACGUGCCACUCGACCCUAAGGAGAAACAGGACAGCAUAAUGAAAUCCAUGAGCGCAAAGGUGGCGAUGGACCUGAAGUUAGAGCAGGACAACAUGGAGGGCGUCGACCAGGCAGAAUGGGACCAGUGAGCUAACGAGGAACUCUUCUUACACCGACAU